CCAAUACAAUGGAAAUGCAAUACCAAGCAGAGUCCACCAGUACCUGGGUAGUACUCGAUUCUGCAGCAGCUCUGGACAGGAUACAAAGUCUUGCGUCGGAAAAUGCUGUCGUCAUAUUCAGCCUCAGCACGUGCUGCAUGUGUCACGCCGUCAAGAGACUCUUCACCAGCAUGGGUGUUCAUCCCACAGUUCACCACCUCGAUGAUCACUCAAUUGCAGGAAAACAGAUGGAGAUGGCGCUCGGUGGCCCCUCAGCCGUCCCGGUUGUCUUCGUCGGAGGCAAGCUGCUCGGUCCCAUGGACCAUGUUAUGGCCUCACAUAUCAACGGCUCACUCCUGCCGCUUCUUAAGGCUGCCGGUGCCCUCUGGCUCUAGAUCAUCUAGAUCUAUGCUACUUAGUAGUUAUAUAUUAGUAUGUUAGUAGUAUGGUGGGAAGAGGAGCUAGCUCCAUUUUUGAAAUACAACAUCACUAUGUCUCC